AUGAAUUCCAUUGGUAAAUUAAUUCAAUCAUCAACUAAAGUUUAUUCAAACGGUUCAAACCUCGUUAACUUUUCAAAGAAUACCAUAGAUUCAAGCAAAUUCUUAUCAACCCUUAAUUUAAGUAGUAAGAACGAAAGAUUCGCUUCAUUGUAUGCUAUCCACAAAUCUUGUUUCAACACUUUAUCUGCUGAACAAAGAUUCUUAGAAGAAGUAGGUGACAAUAGUGGUAAUCCAGCUCUCAACCCAUCACCAAGCUAA